AUGUACGUGCCUUUCGAGCCUCCUGGUGAUCUAGUCGUUGCCGUGAAUCCGCAGAGCAGGUUCCAGUUGACAGCUGGACCAUUCCAGGCUCCAACGACGUUGACCACGAAGGAGAAGGCUGGGAAGAUGCUGCCAUAUCUCUUGGAAGCAUUCGUAAAACAAAUCCCGGAUCCGACCGGACGUGCGCUGGCUGAAGCGAAGGCCCCAUGGAGUUGGUCUACUGACGAUGCGGCGUUCGCUGCAGCUCUGGAACCUCUAUUCGCCUACAAUGGAUUACCAGAGGGACUUUGCGUCGUACCAGUGUGCAGUGAGGAAGAAAAGAAUAUCAUGAACGAUUGCUGGUCGGAAUUACUAGGCAGGUUGGCGGAGUCUGUGCGUCAGGAUACUCCAUCGAUGCGCAACCAGUCCUCCAUUCAAGCGACUGGCUCUGCUGUCCAGCUCGGUGAAGAAACGCAGUGCCAUAAUUGCCAAGAGCAUCGCAACGACAUUGCAUCGCCAUUGAUGAAAUGUGGCGCCUGCAAGAAGGCUUGGUACUGCUCCACAGAAUGUCAGAAAGCUCAUUGGAAGAAGCACAAGCCUGCCUGCGUCGCGAACCGCCCGAGCAGGAAUGCGCCUCCCAAAGUAUCUGCUGAUGCGGCUGCAUUGCUCGGUGCUGCUCACACAUACUACAAUACCGAGGCUCACAAAUCUGCGGAGGCCAGAGCACUUGCUGCUACGCUCAACCUGGGACUUCCGUCAUCGGCUUCCGACGGUCAAGGCACCAUGUAG